GAUGCAUUUUUGUUGGCCUGAUACAGAAAACAAGCUGAACUUCGAAGCGACAGACGAUCAUUAACGCGGAAGUGAAGUUUAUCACGGAAUGUGGAAUAAAUCGUGUGAUUGAAACAUUAAGGUAUUGAAAGUGGAAAACAUUUGAAGYGUUCUUGCUAACRUAGRAAUCACACAGAAGUACCAGAACGAACACCGCUACACAGCGUAAAUUCUGACGAAAUGGGAGUGCUUUAGAGGAAUUCAAUGCGGACUGUCCAGGUGAUGUCAUUAGAAGUUCAGUAGCAACCAUGGAAAAUCAAGACUCGACAAAGUGUUUCUUGUAUGACAUUCUUAGGGUAGAAACUAUCCGUGAACUUGAAGCUUAUAUCAAAGAUGGAAAGUGCACUCUAGCUGAGCUCAAAGAUUGUUUUGGUACAUUUCUCUCUAAACUCCCUGAAAAAGAACUAGAAGAAAUCGAUAAUGUAAAAAAGUUUGUAGAAGCAUUGGACAAACAAGGUGUUAUCGGAGCAAACGAUGUGAAGUUAUUAAAAGUGUUAACUAAGAAGAUUGGAUUAGACAAACUGAAGGAAAAAGUUGAGGAAUAUGAAGCGGAUUGUUCAGAUGAUGUCACGAGAAGUUUAGCAACCAUGGAAAAUCAAGACUCGACAAAGUGUUUCUUGUAUGACAAUCUUAGGGUAGAAACUAUCCGUCAACUUGAUGCAUAUAUCGCAGAUGGAGAGGGCACUCUAGCUCAGCUCAAAGAUCGUUUUGGUACAUUUCUCUCUAAACUCCCUGAAAAAGAACUAGAAGAAAUCGAUAAUGUAAAAAAGUUUGUAGAAGCAUUGGACAAACAAGGUGUUAUCGGAGCAAACGAUGUGAAGUUAUUAAAAGUGUUAACUAAGAAGAUUGGAUUAGACAAACUGAAGGAAAAAGUUGAGGAAUAUGAAGCGGAUUGUUCAGAUGAUGUCACGAGAAGUUUAGCAACCAUGGAAAAUCAAGACUCGACAAAGUGUUUCUUGUAUGACAAUCUUAGGGUAGAAACUAUCCGUCAACUUGAUGCAUAUAUCGCAGAUGGAGAGGGCACUCUAGCUCAGCUCAAAGAUCGUUUUGGUACAUUUCUCUCUAAACUCCCUGAAAAAGAACUAGAAGAAAUCGAUAAUGUAAAAAAGUUUGUAGAAGCACUGGAAGAACAAGAUGUUAUCAGAGCAAACGAUGUGAAGUUUUUAAAAGCGUUAGCUAAGAACAUUGAAUUAGACAAACUGAAGGAAAAGGUGAAGGAAUACGAAGCUGAUUGUGCAGGUAAUGUAAGGAGAAGUUCAGUCAAGAACCAUAAUAUUUAACUGCAGACCAUUUAUCUUAUUCAUGGAAUUUGUUUAUUAAAACACCUUUAACCUAGAUAUUUAAUAAGCUAAUAUAUUCAACUUCAGAAGGGUAUUCUUGUUGACAAAAUACUGUAUUCUCAAGGAAAUAGAAUCAAAGUAAUGAAAAAA